AUGACUUUAAGCCAGCAUCGAUUGAUACAUCUUGUGAGGGGGACCUCCAAGUUGGUAAAGGAGAUGACGUAACAAUCACUUUGCCGCAUAUUCCAGGUUCAACUCCACCAAUGACUGUGUUUAAAGGAAAUAAAAGGCCGUAUCAGAAGGACUGUGUGCUUAUUAUCAAUCAUGACACUGGGGAAUAUGUGCUGGAAAAACUCAGUAGCAGCAUUCAAGUCAAGAAAACAAGAGCAGAGGGCAGCAGUAAGAUCCAAGCCCGGAUAGAACAACAGUCUGCCCGAGCAUCACAGCCUCCUCCACAGUUCAGAGCCCCAACCAAGCCAGCGGUUGGACCUAAAACUUCUCCUCUGAAAGAUAAUCCUUCACCUGAGCCUCAGCUGGAUGACAUUAAGAGAGAGCUGAGAGCAGAGGUUGAAAUUAUUGAGCAGAUGAGCAGCAGCAGUGGAAGCAGCUCAUCGGAUUCAGAAAGCUCAUCUGGGAGUGAAGAUGAAAGCUCCAGCAGUGAGGGGGAAGAGCCAGCACAUGUUUCCCCUUCCCAGCCACCGCACCAGCAGUAUAACAACAGAAGGCCGCAAGGAAGCAAUCAGCUCAUGAACACGCUCCGAAAUGACUUGCAGUUGAGUGAGUCUGGGAGUGACAGUGAUGACUAGAGGCUAAGCUUCCGUUACGUAUACACGAAGAACUAAUUUCCCUUGGAGUGAUCCUGUUGCUUAUGAAGAGGAGCUGGCACAGAGAUAGUUCCAUGUGUGGAAUU